AAGUGGAACGAAAUGGGUCACUUGGAGUUGGAUUUCCAUGCUAUUCCCAAGCUACAUGGCCGUGAGAAUUACUGGCAGUGGCGCAUCCUCCUGAAGACCUACCUGGAGGCCAACGAUCUGUGGAAGCAUAACGAACCUAAAGAGAGCCCGCAAACUAAAUUCCUGAUUUUGGCCAGCGUUACGGCCGAUAAGAUUGAGCCAUCCUACGAUGACCAAAGCUGUUCGUACAUUUUCCAGAAUAUGGAGAGUAGAUUCGGGCCUUUUAGUUAGAACUUGAAUAUGAUAUAUAAAGCGCCAUUUAGGUUCUAAAUAAAUUUCCCUUUCGAUCAUUGA